AUGCUACGGCGCGCCCUCACCCGCACCAUCCACGCUCCCACCCACCUCACCCUCCCCAAACCACCCCAAAUGGAAACAACCACACGCCCAAAGACCCAAUCCCCCAAGCACUUCCUAGGCGGCAACAUCCACCCAGCACUGCGCACGUACACCUCAACCGCCGCAACCCCAACCGCCCACAGCCGCAUCCUCCCCGCAAUAAAACACGACCACCUCGAAAUCGAAGCCCACAGCCACAAAAUCCUCACCUCCACAAACGCAGACGAACAAACCCGCUACCAGAACCAAUUCACCUGGGAACUAGCCCGCCACCUCAUCGGCGAGGAGCUAGUCGUGUACCCGGCGCUGGCCUCCGCACUCUCCGACGGACAGAGGAUCGUGGACCGGAACCGGCUCGAGCAUCAGGGGGUGAAGCAGCAGCUGAAGACGUUCCAGGAGCUUUCGUCCACGGAUCCGCGGUUCGUGCCGACGCUGAAAGGGCUCAUGCUUGAUUUGGGGAGACAUGCGAGACAUGAGGAGGAGGUUGAUUUACCUAGGUUGGAGGAGAUGUUGUCGAAGGAGGAGAGUGCGGAGUUGACCAGGCAUUUGGAUCGGAUGAAGAUCUUUGUUCCGUCGAGGUCGCAUCCGCUGGCGCCGACUGAGCCGUUUUUUGAAACGGCUGUGGGGUUGUUGGCGGCGCCGAUUGAUUAUUUGGCGGAUUUGUUUCGGAAGUGGCCUGAUGGGAAGAAACGAUGA